AUGUGUCUGUGCCUCGGACCGUUUAAAUCGGGCAAAACUCUCCUCAUGAAAAGUCUCCAAGGGGACGACAUCGACGACGCGACUCACACUGUGCCCACCAAUGGGAUAAAUUUGUUUACCGUAAGAAACGCUACCGGUGAAUUCGAUAUGAUAAUUAAAGAAAUCGGAGGUAACAUGGCACCUAUAUGGAAGCAUUACUUCGACAAGAUUCACAAGAUCAUCUACGUAGUGGACACCAGCAAUCUCUGCCAAAUAAGCGCGGCGGGCGUGUUACUUUAUUCUUUUCUCGUGGAGCCGAGAUUGCGAAAUGUCAAGGUAGCGCUCAUCCUGAACAAGAUGGACGUUUCGUAUCGUCAAAUGAGGAACGAGGCUCUGCUGAUGUUGCAAUACGCGCGUUUACAAAGAGAGGUGACGCAGAGGAUCACUGUGUUAGAGACCAGCGGAAUGACUGGCCAGGGCGUGGAGGAUUUGCGCAGUUGGUUAUUCGACCCUGACACGCUUAAGGCCGCUCUCAAUGCCAACAAAUGAUUAUCGCCGCGAUUGUCGUUGC